CUACACUUACUAAUACAGACUGAGAGAGAGAGUGGACUCUUCUUAGAGAAGAUGGGAGGUGUGACUUCUUCAAUGGCGGCGAAGUUGGCGUUUUUUCCACCGAAUCCGCCGUCGUACAAGCUGGUCAGAGAUGAAGCAACGGAGCUUGUUCUCAUGGACCCUUUUCCACAUCGAGAAAAUGUCGACAUUUUGCGGCUGCCCACGCGCCGAGGCACCGAAAUCGUGGCUAUGUACAUCAGAUACCCUAUGGCCGUCACUACUCUUCUCUAUUCACAUGGAAAUGCUGCCGACAUCGGUCAGAUGUAUGAGCUCUUUAUCGAGCUUAGUAUUCAUCUCCGCGUCAAUUUGAUGGGGUAUGACUAUUCAGGGUAUGGCCAAUCAUCAGGGAAGCCCACAGAACAAAACACUUAUGCUGAUAUCGAGGCCGCUUACAAAUGUCUGGAAGAGAAUUAUGGGGCAAAGCAGGAGAACAUUAUCCUAUAUGGUCAAUCUGUCGGUAGUGGUCCAACCGUCGACCUAGCUGCACGUUUGCCUCGACUAAGAGCUUCCAUUCUUCAUAGUCCAAUUCUUUCUGGGCUUAGAGUUAUGUAUCCCGUUAAGAGAACUUAUUGGUUUGACAUAUACAAGAACAUUGACAAAAUUACGCUGGUGAGGUGUCCUGUCCUCGUGAUUCAUGGAACAGCGGAUGAUGUGGUUGACUUCUCACAUGGGAAGCAGCUUUGGGAACUCUGCCAAGAGAAAUAUGAACCGCUAUGGCUCAAAGGUGGAAACCAUUGUGAUCUUGAACUUUUUCCCGAAUACAUUGGCCAUCUCAAGAAGUUUGUGAGCGCUGUGGAGAAAUCUGCAUCGAAAAGAAACAGUUCUUUCUCAAGAAGAAGCAUGGAAGGUUGCGAACAACCUCCUCGGCAUAGUGUAGAUGCCCCAAGGAAAAGCAAGGAUGGACGAGAAAAACCGAGGAAAAGCAUAGACAGGUUAAGGUUUCAGGGAUACAAGUUGAGCCACAUAGAGAAACCAGAGAAGCUGAAGGUUCCAUUUGAGGAAAUGGAGAGGUCGAGGAGAAGCGUGGACAUAUACAGAGACAAGUCUCAGCCGAUGGAGAGAGCACGUAAGAGUGUGGAUUGGUUGGACAGAAGUCGAGCUACCGAAUGAAAAAAUGGGAUUUGAUGUCAAAAGAUUGUAUUUGAGUGUCGUUUAAUUUAUUGGGGUGUGUGUUUGUAUUGUAGUUUGUAUGUCAAGUUAAGAUACAACACAGAAAAUAGAUUUAAACAAAGUCGGUAACUUAUC